AUGCACAAAUCCCAGGGAUCUGUGUCAUUCAAGGAUGUAACUGUGAACUUCACCCGAGAUGAAUGGCUACGACUGAAUGGUACUCAGAAGACCCUGUACCGCGAUGUGAUGCUGGAGAAUUACAGCCACCUGGUCUCCAUAGGAUAUUGCAUCACCAAACCUGAUGUGAUUUUCAAGUUGGAGCAAGGAGAAGAGCCGUGGACAUUAGAUGGAGAAUUCCCAGGCCAGAGUUACCCACAUAACCUGAAUUACUCCUUCAUCUAUCCUUCAUAA